AUGAGUUCACAGUUCUUGUUUUAUUUAUUUAUUAUUGGAACAAUUAAGUCAGUUAUUUCGAUAAACUGCUACCAAUGUUCUGGAACAGAUUCAGAUAAUCCAUUUGAAUGUAAUGAAUAUUUAGACUCUGAAACAGGACUAGAACCAACAGAUUGCUCAUUAAUCCACGAUGCUCAGUACUGUAUCAAACAUAUAGGCAGAUUUGAAGGAAAAGCAAUAGAAUGUUACCAAUGUAACUCAACAUCAGAUAUGGAAUGUGGUGAUGGUCUUAUGAACUUGGAUGGAGGCAUUUUAAAAGCCAUAUCAUGUGAACAGGUGUACAAUGCUCAGUAUUGCAUCAAAGAAAUAGGUGGUAUUGGGACAAAAAGAUAUUGUUCAUCUUUGGAUUUAGGUAAUCAGUGUAAAUACGUACAGCAGCCCGGGGAUAAGCUUGAGUACAGAACUUGCAUCCACACUUGUACUACCGAUGGAUGUAAUUCUACCGUUAGUUUGAAAAUGUCAGCUAUAAUAUUAGGCAUAGCUUUACUUUUAUUUAAAAUUAUUUCUUAA